UGAUAAGGGAAGAAUAAGGUUUUGAUAAUCAUAAUCAUGUGUUGUGCCAAAGAUGGAAAGAAAGAGAAGGAAAGGUUGGAUUUUCAGGGAAGGACUUAUGAAGUCCCAAUUCUCAGGGAAGGACUCUCCGGCCAGCUAUAAAUACUCCCAUUCCAACGGCAACAAUGCUCACCAAACCCCAAUUUCCUCCUCUUUUUCCUGCUUCCCUCACUUCUCUUUCUUUCUUAGUUUUCCUCUCUAACUCUCAGAUUCAGAGUUAUCACCAUGACUAUCAUCAUUGACCAACCUGAUCACUUUGGGUCUGAUGUAGAGGGAAAGACGGUACCAAUAGAUGAGAAGGAACUGGUGUUGGACGGUGGAUUUGUGAUGCCACAUACCAACUCAUUUGGGCACACUUUUAGGGAUUACAAUGCUGAAAGUGAGAGGCAAGAAGGAGUGGAGAACUUCUACAGGAAAAAUCACAUUUAUCAAUCCGUUGAUUUCGUGAAGAAAAUGAGAGAGGAAUAUGGAAAACUGAACAGGGUGGAGAUGAGCAUGUGGGAAUGUUGUGAGCUUCUUAAUGAAGUGGUGGAUGAGAGUGACCCUGAUUUGGAUGAACCUCAGAUUGAGCACUUGCUACAGACAGCUGAAGCUAUAAGGAAGGACUACCCAAAUGAAGAUUGGCUUCAUUUAACUGGCCUUAUCCAUGACCUUGGCAAGGUGCUUCUGCUCCCCGUUUUUGGAGGACUUCCUCAAUGGGCUGUAGUAGGUGACACAUUCCCAGUUGGUUGCAGAUUUGAUGAGUCCAUUGUUCAUCACAAGCAUUUUAAGGAGAACCCAGACUACAACAACCCUGCAUACAACACUAGAUAUGGGAUGUACUCAGAGAAAUGUGGACUUAACAACGUGCUGAUGUCAUGGGGACAUGAUGACUACAUGUAUCUUGUGGCAAAGGAGAAUAAGACUACUCUGCCUUCAGCUGCUCUGUUCAUUAUCAGAUACCAUUCAUUCUAUGCUUUACAUAGGGAAGGAGCCUAUAAGCACUUGAUGAAUGAAGAGGAUUUUGAGAAUCUGGAAUGGCUCCACAUUUUCAACAAAUACGACCUCUAUAGCAAGAGCAAAGUUCGAAUUGAUGUUGAAAAGGUCAAGCCAUACUAUCUCUCUCUCAUUGAAAAGUACUUUCCUGCAAAGCUAAAGUGGUGAGGUGUUGGAGCCUUGAAGUUGCAAUAAUGUAGCAUGAUAAUUAGUUUAGUAUGGAGUAGAGGGACUAGGAUUUUCCUUUUUGAGAAUCAGUAGAGGGAAUAAGCCAUUAAGCUGAAGUAGCAUGGAUUUCUAAGCUUUGUUGGUUGAAGAUUCAUGUAUGAAUAAAUAUUUAUGGUCAAAUUCCCAUGUGAAA